UCUCCUGUGCUACAUCGAUUCGACUUGUUCCUUCUACUGCCCCCAAACAGGUGAUCUGUAGGUUUGCUCAUCUCAUCGAGUUAAACUGCGUCAAGGUUGGUUUUUUCAGAUGAACUAUGAUUGUGAUGUUGGGUUAGUUGAACUGUUACUUCGUUGCUCUGUUCAUUAGCUGUGUAUGUUGGAUAAAAUUUCUUUGCUUCAGACAUGAACAAGGUGUUAUUACUUUUAUGAAUCACACUAUUAGGUAGUUUCUUUAGUUUCACUUGAUAUUGUAUAUCUAACCAAAUUUGUUCUUGUCAAUCUAGCUAAAUGGGAAUAAAAGUUCCAGGAGAAAAUAAAAGAAACGAAUCCUCCAGUCAAUUCUUGUGCUACCUUCCCUGAGGGCUGUGUUUGUUCUGGUUUCAGGAGGAACACUUCUUUUGUUUCAAACACAAAAUCUAUGGGAAACUCUGACUAAUUCAUGUAGGUACUGACAACUAGGUUAAAAGAGUAAUUUUAUAUCAUGAAAUGCGUGGCAUUGAUAAUGUCUUGUGAUAUGAGGUGUUUGAUGAAGCAGGAGAAAGGUAUUCAUACUUCUUCAGUGAAAUAUCCAAUCUAAAAGUGAUUAACGUGAUAGUGAGAAUCAAGGAUGCCCAUCUUGUAAAUGCAACUGAGCAUAGUGUCAGUGCAUAUCUACCAUGUUCAUUUACCAAUUCCUAGCAUAUAUCUUCGUAUGAUAACAACAUGAACAAAUCUGCAUUGAGCCAAUGGCUGGCAAGUCCCAUCAUUAUAUCAAGCAUUGUUUGAUCUUACUGGAGUCUUAGCAGUGUUCACACUAAGUAUAGAUGAUAAAUUGCUGAAGUAAACAUUGAGAUUUGAUAUCAUGCUGGCAGAUCCAUCGAGCACAGUUUAAAUGUCUGUCCAAACAAGCUAGUGUUGUCACAAUUUAGAACUUGUUGAAUAUCUUAAAUUAGCAAAGAUGGUCACAAUUUAUUUAUUUUUAUUUAAAGCAUUUGAUCCUUUGUCCCAGUGAUGAUGAAGAUGAGUUCAUUUGUCAUUCUAACACGUGAAUUUUGACUAUUUUUGUCAUGGCUCCAGUAGCCUAAGCCUGAUUACUUGCAUGAAUAUGGCUUAGCCACUUGGCUGAAAUGCCAAACGUCAAAUAUUAGGAACAGACCAUCUAGUUGAUAUCCUUUUUAGGACAUCACAUGUGGCCCAGCUUGCUCAUGUGGUCUACGUGGAUGGUCCACAACUUAGCUUUCCUAUCAUCUUCAAGGAUCCAAGUGGAAAGCAAUUAUGCUACUUGCAUGGAGUGGGUGCAGAGACAUGUCUCAGAAAGCUCAAGUCUAAGUUAACAAUAGUAGAUGAAAAAUUUUGUGUAUACAGGUCCAACUUUUUGUUUCUUGUAGUGUGGUAAUCAUGGUCUUAAAAUCUCAUUAGAUUUGAGGAUUUGGUCCUUGAGUGGCACGGUUCAUGUUCCUUCUGUGGCAUGAGAAUUUUAGUGUGUGUGGCACCAGGUAUGUUCCCACAAGAAAAAUUAAUGGUAUAGAGCAAUGUGAUAUAAAGACGUGUGUGAUGCAGCCUCCUGUUUGGCAUCCGUUCUCUUCUCCGAUCCUGUCCCCAGUGCUGAGAAGCAGCAGUGGCGUUGAUGCUUUAUGCGGCUACAAAAUGACUUGUUCCUAAGGUUCCAAGUAAAGAAAAAACAGUUCUUCCGCAACUUUAUUACAAUUAUGCUGUUUGGUGCAGUUGGGACAUUGAUCUCCUUCGUCAUAAUCUCACUUGGUGCCGUGGAAUUUUUCCGAAAAAUGGAUAUAGGUGCACUAGAAGUCGGAGAUUAUCUUGCAAUUGGGGCAAUCUUUUCUGCAACAGAUUCUGUGUGCACUUUGCAGGUGCUUAACCAGGACGAGACACCUUUGCUCUAUAGCUUGGUCUUUGGUGAAGGCGUUGUAAAUGAUGCUACAUCAGUGGUGCUUUUUAAUGCACUCCAGAAUUUUGAUCUGGUUCAUGUUGAUGCCACAGUUCUGUUGAAAUUUGUUGCUAACUUCUUUUAUUUAUUUGCUAGUAGCACCUUGCUUGGAGCACUUACAGGAUUGCUUAGUGCUUAUAUUAUUAAAAAAUUGUACUUUGGCAGACAUUCAACUGAUCGAGAAGUUGCUCUUAUGAUACUCAUGGCUUACCUUUCCUAUAUGCUGGCUGAAUUGUUGAACUUAAGCGGAAUUCUUACAGUAUUCUUCUGCGGAAUAGUAAUGUCACACUACACCUGGCAUAAUGUGACAGAGAGUUCUAGGAUCACCACAAAGCAUGCCUUUGCAACAUUGUCAUUUAUUGCUGAAGUUUUUCUUUUUCUCUAUGUUGGAACGGAUGCAUUAGACAUUGAGAAGUGGAAAUUUGUCAGUGACAGCCCAGGAAAAUCACUUGGAGUGAGCUCAAUUCUGCUAGGCUUGGUAUUGGUUGGCAGAGCUGCUUUUGUCUUUCCACUGUCCUUCAUCUCCAAUUUGUUUAAAAAAUCUCAGAAUGACAAGAUUACCUUCAAGCAACAAGUUAUAAUUUGGUGGGCAGGUCUUAUGAGAGGCGCGGUAUCAAUUGCACUUGCUUACAAUCAGUUCACUAGAUCUGGUCACACUCAGCAGCGUGGAAAUGCAUUUAUGAUCACCAGUACCAUCACGGUUGUUCUUUUCAGUACAAUGGUGUUUGGUUUGAUGACCAAGCCUCUUAUUUACUUCUUGCUGCCUCCAAACUCGAAGCACCUCACCAGAUCUCUGAGUGUUUCAUCUGAGCCCUCAAGUCCAAAGUCUUUCCUUUCUCCGCUACUAGGCAAUGGUCAGGGAUCCGAGCUUGAAGCAGCGCAAUGUAUACCUCGCCCAACGAACCUCCGAAUGCUUCUGACAACACCAUCCCGCUCUGUUCAUCAUUAUUGGCGCAAGUUUGAUGACGCGUUUAUGCGUCCAAUGUUUGGUGGCCGGGGUUUCGUUCCAUUUGUUCCUGGUUCACCGGUCGAACGUAGUGUCCCCGAGUGGGAAUAAUCCAAAAAAAUCAUUAUUCCAAGAUAAAAUCAAAUUGCUCCUGGUAUAGUCAGUACUCGAUGCCUUCCAGAUAGAUGCAUAUCUGACUACGGAAAACUCUAGAAUUUAGUAUAAUUUUGCCACUUUGUAUCAUGAUCAACACAUAUUUUUAGUAUCUUUGUGCAUGUAUAUUGGAUCUUGUCGAGAUCUUAGCAGGAUCUAUUCGCUUGUAUCGACUACCAAUUGCUAGCAAGUGUGUAUCUCUAUGCUUUCAAAGGAUGUAUGAUUUACAUACAGAAGUACCUUUGCUGUAUAUUCAAUAUUUGUAUUUUAUGACCAUGCUUUUCGGUUUUUCUCCA